CCGUUGGUCGGUUUGUUUUCCGGGUGAUGCUGCUCUUCUCUUCAAAGCAGAGGAAAGUCGGGGGCUCAUGUGUCAACAUCCAGGGUUUCCCCGGGGAGGUGUAACGUUAACGUUAUUCCAAAAAAACCUGAUGUCCCUUUGAAGACCCUUUUAUUCGUGUUAGCCCGCUCAUCCUCGGAGGCAGCGGUUUACCCGACCGCAAAGACCAGAGGACGAUCUUCGGCUCCCGCUGCUUUGACGUUAGCUAACGUUAUUUUAAACGAUGACAGAGUACAAAGUGCGAAUAGCGUCUCCAAUCAUUUAAUAAUAUCUGGAGACCUGUUAGCUUAGCCAGCUAGCCCGGUGAUUCGACUAGACCAAGGGAACACGGCGACACACACUGCUGACAUGAUGUUUCCUCAAUCCAGGCACUCGGCGUCCUCUCAGUCCAGUCAACCUCUCAAGUUCACCACUUCUGACUCCUGUGACCGCAUCAAGGAUGAGUUCCAGUUCCUCCAAGCACAGUACCACAGUUUGAAGUUGGAGUGUGACAAACUGGCUUCUGAAAAGUCAGAGAUGCAGCGUCACUAUAUCAUGUACUAUGAAAUGUCCUAUGGGCUGAACAUUGAAAUGCACAAACAGGCUGAAAUAGUGAAGAGACUGAAUGGCAUCUGUGCUCAGGUGCUGCCUUACCUGUCACAAGAGCAUCAACAACAAGUCAUGGGCGCCAUAGAGAGAGCCAAGCAAGUCACGCCCCCUGAGAUGAACUCCAUUAUACGGCAACAGCUCCAGGUGCAACACCUGUCCCAGCUCCAGGGCCUGGCCCUGCCUGUGACCCCGCUGCCCCUGGGCCUCACCCCUCCCACCCUGCCCGCCGUCUCCUCCAGCUCCGGCCUGCUGUCCCUCUCCUCCAUCCUGGCCAACUACUCCCACGGCCAGGCCCAGGCGGUGAAGGAGGACAAGGCCCGGGAAGCUGCAGAGAGAGCGCCCAGAGGAGAGGACGGGGACAAGUCAGACUAGUGCAGACACAGCGAGGAGGUUUGGAGGGGGGCGUUGUAGGGGGGGGAAGUGGCUAAUAAAAAAUAUUUAAAAAAAAAAAAAAAAAAAGGAAAGGUAAAACUGUAACUGUAAAUGGAGGUUGAUGUAAGUCUGGCUGCCUGUCUGCUGAGUGUUGAUGUAGAAGAGUAACUGCAGGGAUGAGGACACGCAGAGAGGACAGAUUUGUGGAUGUGCAGAGAACGAAACUGCUGAAUGGCUGAGAGUGAGAGUUAAAUGUUCUUAUUAUUUAGUGGUAAUAGACUCAGUUCAGGCUUCUAGACUUUAAAUAGAUGCUUUUUUAGUGUAAGCCACUGUUGUUAGGCUUAACCGAGAUAAAUGUUUUCCCCUUUGGAGUGAGCGCUGAGGAUGAAAGCUAACAGCAGUGUCCCUUACACAGAUCUGCCUCUCACUGGUUUAUACUUCUUAAUUCUUUUUUGUUAUCGGAUCUGUUUCCAGUGUUUUUUGUCCACGUCCUCUUCGGUCCCUCAGAUUGUGUCUUACUGGCCCGUCUGCCAGUCACAGUGAGCAGUUUAACAACAUCUCAGUCCCCUUUAACUCCUGUCCUUUCACUCAUAACGUACAGCAGCUCCAUCAUUUUGUUUUCCAAAAUAAAAAUGUGGAGCUGUUUGGAGAGUUUAUUUAUGUACUUGGAGCCAAAUUAAAUCUUAGUCUGAUGUUAAAUAGGAUGUUUUUAAAGGGACAGUUCACUUGUCAGGUGCAUUCAGACCCUUCGAACAUAAACCACCUGCUUUUUUUGUUUGCAUAUUCAUAAGACCAACCACUGGAUGCAUUACCCUAGCUGUGUACCUCAGUCCCGAAUAAAUGGGAUUUUAUUCCAUUAAAAACUAUUGUUUGUACAAAUGGUAGUAUGCCCAUCUUGGCGGAUUAAUUUGUCUUUCAUAGGCCUAGCUGCUGCUGCUACUGCUGCUGCUGCUACGCACGCUACAUGGCACGGACCAUGACUCGUCUUUAAACGACAAGAAUUUAAGCUCUGAAAAAAAAAAUUGACUUUAUUUUGACACGUUUUCAUGAUAGGCUAAUUAGACAUUCAAAAUGUGUCUGCAUGUGUUCGAGUGAAUGUGAUCGGAAAGAAGAAAACAUUUGUUUAAUUUAACUUUUUUUUUCUUAAAGCACCUUUUGUAUUUUCCUCGCACCACCACCACCCCGCCCUCUGUUCCUGCCCCCUCCCUCGUUCUGGUCCACUCUUUAACUGACCAAGACAAACUUGAACAGGAUCUAAACUUCAGAACCAGACGGUCGUAAAAGACAAACUAGUACUGUAUUUCUGUAAGUUAGAAAAGCACUUCAGUUCAUAUACUGAGACUGUAUCAAGCACCUGUCUUUUCCUGUCUUGUUUAACUUGUGUGUGAUUGUCAGGGGAAGAUCUUCCCCCCUCUUUUUUUUGUUUUCGCAUUGUUUUAAUGAAGAAUGUGUCUGGGGUGAGUUGCUAAAGCUCUGUAAGCAAGCGUUCCCUUAGAAAACAGCAUAUUAAAAUGAGAGUCUCACGGUCAGAAUUUGUCCUGGUGACCAAAUUAUUGUGUCCUGUUGCAAAAAAGUCAACCAUUUUCCCAAUUCCAUACUACAUGCUUAUUCUAUAUAGUAUAUGCUAUCUACUUAGCUUGAUACUGCUCAAACCUAAUUGAGGGAUUUUGCUCCACUUUCAGAGUGAAUAUAGCCUGUAAUGACACUUGACUCCUAUUUUGUGUUCUGUAGAUGGUGAUAUAGAGGUCCGUAAAAAGGCUAGUGUGAACAUAGUCAAACACUUGUAUGUAGUAUGGAUUUAAAAUCCACUGGAGGCAUCCGGGUGCUUCAUCAGAAGUGCAUCAAAAAUCUCCCUCCACACUUGUCAGAUGGUGUAAAUGGAUCAGCUGCAACUGACCAGUUUUUUUAACGUUUUAAAGUCGUCAAUCCAUCCUUCAAACCCAUUUAAUGCAAAUUGGCUUGGUGUGUGUGUAGGUGACAAAGUAGUCCUUCUUUCACUUUUUCAUGUGGACAAACAAGGUCAGCAUGACGAUGAUGGCUGUCUGAAACGUGUAGUGCUGCAGUCCCCAUGUUUAAGUGAUUAUCACCAUAGCUCAAGCAAACGCUGUCGUCCCUCUCUAUGAUGUCGGCAAAUCAUCACACUUUUAAAGUCUGGCUGCUUGAAACAGCUACAAUUUUGCCCUCUUACAUGGUCGAAUGACACGCCAUACAGACUAAAUAUUUUUAGGGUAACCUUCAGGGGUCAACAGUAAUGAUUGCCUGAUUGCCCGAUGCAAGUAAAAUGCCACGUCAGGCUGGUAAAUCUAGCAGCUCUCUUGCCCUGUCAGGAAAGUGUUAAAAAGAACAUUUGCAAUUUGGCAAAGGGAAAAGACAAUGUUUGAGAGUUGGAGGGCAAGCGAGCGUUUCAGAUAUCCUGGAAACAGUUCAUUUGGAUGGUGUUAGAGGAUGUGGCCGAAACUCCAACUGUAUAUUGUGCAGUUUGUGUAAGAGCAAGGUGGAUAUAACGGAGUCAUUUUUCAUGAGUUACCUUUAGUCUUUGUUAUUAUUUGAUAAUCUCUAAUUAAUCACUUUUAUAGGGGCAAGUAAAAAUUGACUUUGGGCAAGUAGAUUCCUGACUCAAUUACCUACCGGGCAAGAGAACAAAACCCUGACCUUAUGCUGUGUUCACACUACAAGGGACAAAGCAACAGCGUGACCACCUUGAAACGCCGUCAAAGUGUUGCUCAGGCCCCUUAUUGACUUAGUUAUGUCAUCACGGGCUUCUGCAUGUCUCUUACUUGCAACACGCCACCUGGACUGAAAGUUGUCUAUAGUUUGUAUUCGGCCACGCCCCAUUGCAAACUUUUGUGCACCACAAUACACAGAAAACUAGCACAGCGUCAGCUAACUUAGCAAAAUAACGCAGUACCACGUUUAGAAACACAAACACAGGAUUGGUUGAUGCUUCACGGCAUCAUUGAAGCGCUGAUAAAGUUGUAUAGGUAUAGCUGUGGCUGGAGCAGCUAUGUGACCUGCCCACUAGCUACAUGACUCGCCCACUGUACCUACACAUCAGUCCACGAUUACCCUCCUUUGCUCCUUGGUCCGGAGUUGGAAGCCUUGAAGAAAAUCCUAAGUUAGCAUUCAUAUAGCCGUUGCGUUGGUGGGUUUGUCUUUUAGAUUCUAAACCUAACCCUUGUAGAAGUAGCAGGGGCAAUUUGUAGGAGCGUGUCGUGUACGCUACAUAAAAAAUGUGUCUGAAUCUAUACAUGUCUCAGAAGUUGAGCGUAGCUUAACUUUGAUUUGUAGUGCAUCAUGCACGUCACCUAACGACAGCGUUAGUUUUGUGGUAUGCGCAAACAGUCGAGUGUGCGGACAAAAAAAGGAGCUGGGGGAAAAAAAUGGUAGAUGGUGAAAUUCGUCCAGGAACCUCUCAGAAAUUUAUUUUAGGAAAACAUGUUGAUGUUCACUUUAAUUUGCAGUGGCUUCCUAAAGUUGCAGUUUAAUUGACCUCUAAUGGAGCGGGUGUCAAGUAUACUAAAUACUAAAUGCAUCGCAGUAUGUUUUUGCAGUUAGUAUGUAUUGUAGAAAUGGGACUCAGCUGAGGUGUAUGGUUGAUAUUUGAAGCAGCAGAGGGCAGCAGCGCUCUCUCAUUGAUCAUUACUAUGAAGCAACGUUCACAAGACUGACGUCCUCCCUGUGUCUGAGGAGGUCCAGGUUGGUCUGCUGUGCUCACCUUACUGUCACUGCUGUUCUCUUCUCGUCUUCAUUUCCUGACUGAGGGACGAGCGUCUGUCCACUGCAGCAGGUGUUAGCUGUAUCUCCCCUGUAAUGUGAGUGCUGUCCAGAGCUUUGACAACCCACCUUUUAGCGUCUGAGCACGUCCGAGAUCGGAGCUUACCUUUUCCUCUGUAUUUUAAUUUGAAAGGCACUUACGUUGUGGCUCAGUGCUCUUUUUUUGUUUUGUUUUUUUCUUCUUCCUGUCUGUGCUAGUGUUUGGGAGCUGAUGAUUUUCCCUCCCUGGAGAUUUGACCUUAAUGUAUGGAGUGCGAGAACAGAUCAGUGAGUCAUCGGCACUCUUUAUGCUGACGUCAGUCUCUGUUAGAAAACCUCCUUUGGCAAAACUCAGACAUAUGAAUGGUAUGUGUGUUUGUUUUUGCUGUGAAGGGCCAAUUUGUAUACAUAUGAAUAUAUCAAUAUACAUAUUUUUUAAAGCAUUUUUGUAUGUUUCAAAGCUGCUUUUUAACGUGUGUGUAUCAUGGAAGACUUUGGUGUUGUGUGUGUGCAUUACAAGCCUACAGUUAAAGAGAGGCACAAUGUUGUAUACCAUGUCGUUUUUUCCUGUUUUCUCUCUCUCCCAUUCUUUCAGUAGGCAGUAACACUUAACAUUGUUUUCUAGGUUUGUAAAUGUUUUAUCUUUUUUUGUGCAAACAAAAAAAAGAACAGUUUAAUGUGUUUAUGAACACAGUCUCAUUUUAAGAUACCUGGGGCAAAAAAAGAAAAAAAAAAUACAAAGAUGUAAACAAGCAACUGUGUACUCUAAUGAGAAUGAAUCAACCUUUUAGCAGUAAGGAAGCUUCUCUGGUGCCUUACAAAUAAAAGACGUGAUUGAGAGUG